GGUAUUGUAAUAUAUUACGUAAACAAAACACUGCUAAAUUGUUCAACAAGGAAACUAAAUACAUAAUACAAUAAUUUGACAGUUUCAAACCAUACGUUGUUAUCAUAUGUUAUAUAAAACCUUAAUGAUACAAUUAGAGCUAAUAAACACAUGUUGUAGGUGAUAUUAAGUUUCGUGAACUAAAAUUAACAGUAAUAUUAGACGAAAAUUCUAUGUAAUCUGAGAAAUCUUUAGGGAUUUUAUUCAAUACAUUUGCUAUAAUUUUUAAAUUAACCCAUAACUAAACUUUACUAUUACGAUUUGAGAAUGAAUGUCGAGCUAUUAUUCUUUGUGAUAGUUGCAGUGUUAGUAACAUUUGGGGUGAAUGGAAUUGUUUUACCCAAAUGCAAUAGAACUGAGUAUUACGAGCCGGGUCUUUACUCGUGCCAGGCUUGCCCCGCAAACGUUUCGAUGGUCACAUCUACUGAUGGGUUUUCAUGUGUGUGCGAGGAGCACAGCGUAUCGACAGGUAUCGCUCGGUGUAAAGCGUGCAACCCUACCGAAGUUGUAUCUGCCGACGGUACUGCUUGUGUACCACGUAAAUGCCAGAACUUAUCUGGUAGAUAUGUGUGCAGAAAGUGCCCUAAUGAUUAUAUUUCUGUAACGCAAAACUUUGAUGGUUCUCCAAUGAAAGAGGUGUUAUGCGUGAAAUGUGCGCGGGGGUACAAGGCGCAGGGCAAUAUUUGUGUACGUUGCGAAUCCUGUGCAUGCACGAAGAAUCAGAUCGUGCUGAAGGGGAUAUGUAUACCAAAACGAUAUUUGUCUGAACGACCGAAGCAUGAAGAGACCAAAAUGCAUCCGUCUGAUUUGUUGGAAUUUGUUAAACAUGAAUAUUUAUGUACCCAAAAUGAUGUUUUAGCAUGUCGAACAUUAACGAGGGAAUGCGUAAAGAGUUUUUAUGCGACAGAUUUGGCAGGACCGUGCAGGCUUUGGUUACAGCCAAAAUUAGUGCGUCCAAAAGGGUUGCCACAUCUUACAAUAGAUACGAAAUUUGAUAAGAAACCAGGCGACGUCAUAGAUCUCUCUAAAGGGAAGGUCGAUUUGCUGUUAGCUGUCGCAAUUUACACCUCGGAUGGAAAGAUGAAAUUUCUAGAACACCACACACAAAAGCCUUUGCUAUGUCUUCCACCGAUCAAAAUAAAAAUCGGCAAUGAUUUUUCAUACGAUUGCAAUAUAGAUAUCUCAACACUUGCAUCCGUUGAUAAUAACAGCACAUUCGAAAUAUUUAAUAUUGUUGAUGGCGAAUUUAGACCGAUACCGGUUAUGAUACGGAAAACAAGUGGCUCUUAUAUUCAGAAGGACAGUUGGUCUACAAAUAAGUUCAGGCGAUAUUUUAUAGUGGAUAACGUUUUAUCAAUCGAUAGAAAUGAAACCAAUACGGUGUAUUUACGAUCGAUGGAUAUAAGAAUAGAUAUUCAACGGCAGAAGUAUAAAUCAAGUUCGUUGCAGUGUCAAAUUAUCAUCGAAUUACAAUAUACUACGAAACCCUCUCUGACUAGUUUGGUUACAACUUCAUUGACAGUCAGCCAUGAUAUGCCUAAUGCUGGAGUUAUUAGAGGACUGGAGAUAUGGGGUGGAACUCUCGGUUCGUUGUUAGCAUUGUACGCAUUGAUACAAUGGCGGGGGGAGUUGCGGAGAGGUGGCAUACUUUUCUCUCUGGUGCCCCUGCUGGCUGGAUCUGUUGCUGACGCUCUUUAUUUUGCGGCAAUAUUGUCUGCACUGCACGCCUUGGCAGCAGAAGCUGGCACAUUGGGAAUGACUUUACCAUUGUCGAAAAACGAAGAGAAUAUACUGAAGGCCUUUGUAUACUCUUCUGUUUCGCUAAAGGCGCUGAAAUUAGCCUGGUUAAAUUGGAAGCAAUGCGUGUGUGAUAUAUUUUUCUUGGAUUGGACAGAAUAUAACACGUCAUAUGGAGGAGAUAGUUCUAUUACUGGUGAAUGUAACAAUUAUAAAACUACAGCGCUUGCGCGCGAAUGGAGUGCUAUGCAAACAAAAAGACGAGCGCCGCCUGGUUACACUGUUACUGUAGCUUUAUUUAUUUUCUAUUUAUCAUCAGCGUGGCAGGAUUCCCUCCCUCCAAGUCGAGGUUAUAAAUGGACUGUAGUAACACUAGCUUGGUGGAGUGCUUACACUAUUGUGCUGUUAUUUCGGUUCAUAUUGGAUAAAAUUUUAGGUCCACCAUCAUCUGUUCUUCCAAAGCUAUGCACAAGUAUGGGAUUAUCUUUGUUGGUCUUUCAAGAUGAAUAUUAUGCUCACUAUGUGCAUGGAAGGAGUGACGAUUCAAAGGAACUCAGAUCGAUAGUGGGACCUCUAGCGAUGUGCAGGGUGGUGGUUGCCACACAGUUGAGAGCUGUCUAUAAACAAUUAUCGAGUCAAGAUACUGGUUUCUUAGGAGAAAGUGAUCCAAGACAUGCCCUUUUAUCGCGGUUUUUGGCUGCGUUCUUUGAAAGAGCUCUAGAUGGUCUAAACUGGGUGGCGAGCGAACGGUCAGUGCUUGAGCGAUUGUUGGACGUCGAGCUGACGGUCAGAGAAACUGGCAGCACCAGUGUACUACUGUACGACCCUAACGAUGCUGCUCCAUCUUGUUUUGCUGUUACCUGGUGGUGUGAAGAAUGGACGCUGGUUACAUUCGAUGCUAUGCUAUUCGGCAGCAUUGUUAUUACCACAGGAGAUUCCUUACUGGGCGCUUUGAUUACUGUUAUCAUGUGGCAGGUUAUGAAACAAACCAGAUCAUGGUUUGGCAUCAGAAAUCUAAACAGGAAGAUCGGUACAGAAGUAUCUUUUUAUCCGUGAUGUUAUGUUUAGGUACAUAGAUUGUCUACGAUAACAUGGCACGCUCCUGCAAAAUCGAAUGAAUUAAAAAUGUGUCUGUAAAAAUAUUUACAAGAUUUCGACCAAGGAAUAUAAUACUCUUCUGGCCGGACCUCUACUAGAGACGUUUCCUCACAAACACAAACAGAGCACCACGUCUGUAUAUGGUCACACACAUUGAAGUAAACGUUGGAGGGGCGUGCCAUGAUAACGUCGACAAUCUAUAUCUAAUUUUACAACAAUUAUAUUGUACUUAUAUUUUAGCAGUUUUUGCAAAAUAAUACUAGAAUUAAAUGAAUCUUA